AUGUCCAGCGUUCCCAUGCAGUCCAAGCGUGUCGUCCUGGCCGCUGGCCUUGCCGCCGCAGCAGCAGCCCCCCUUUUCGUGGCACCCUCCGCGGGCCGCAGCGCCGAGCCUGCGACCGCUCUCCGUGGUGCUUCCCAGGCCCCGGUGGCACAGCAGACGACUUCGGGAGUUCAGACUGCGGGCACCGUGGCCGCCAUCGGCGCCUUGGCCGCCCUGGGUGCCUCCGCGGGCGCCAAAAGCAGCCGCAAAGCCCGAGCAGUCCAGGUCGCCCGCCAGUCGGUUGAGACCUUCCAGCAGGGUGCCAUGGAGUACCCGGCAGCCUUCGAGAAGAUCGCGGACGUCAAUGACAAGGAGAAGGAUGCCGACAUCAUCUGCACCAUCGGCCCCAAGUCCUGGGAUCCUGAGGUGCUGGUGGAGCUCAUGAAAGCGGGCAUGACCGUCAUCCGAUGCAACAUGUCCCACGGUGACCACGAGGAGCAGAGCAUGAAGCUGGCGAACCUCGAGAAGGCCUACGAGCUCGCGCCGGAGUUCAAAGGCAAGAUGAAGAUCCUCAUGGACACCCGUGGCCCGGAGAUCCGCACGGGCACUUUCGAGGUCUACAAUUCCAAGAAGGAGCUCAAAGCUGGCCAGGACUUCAAGCUUGUCACCGACUACAGCUUGAAGGGUGAUGAGAGCAUGGUGGCCAUCACCUACGAGCAGCUUCCCAAGAGCGUCAAGCCUGGCCAGCGCAUUCUGAUCCAGGACGGCACUGUCAUCCUGGAGGUGACAGAGGCCAAGGAUUCGGAGGUGCUCUGCAAGGUGGUCAACAACUGCAAGCUGGGUGAGAAGAAGAACGUCAACGUGCCAGGCGUGAAGGUCGACAUCCCGGUUGUCGGCGAGCGUGAGGUCAAGGACAUCGCGGAGUGGGCUGUCCCGAACAACGCGGACUACGUCGCCCUGAGCUUUGUCCAGAGCGCUGAUGACGUGAAGGAGUGCCGCAAGCACUUCGACGGGAAGGACAUCAAGGUCAUCUCCAAGAUUGAGAACGUUGAGGGUUUGAAGAACUUCGAGGAGAUCCUGUCUGAGUCCGAUGGCAUCAUGGUGGCCCGUGGUGAUCUUGGCAUGGAGAUUCCCAUGGAGAAGGUUUGGAUGGCGCAGAAGAUGAUGAUCAAGAAGACCAAGGCCGCCGGCAAGUACGCCGUUUGCGCCACGGAGAUGCUGGCAUCCAUGGAGGACAAGCCGUUCCCGACCCGCGCAGAGGCCUGCGACGUGGCCAACGCCAUCCUGGACGGGGCUGAUGCCGUCAUGCUCAGCAGCGAGAGCGCCAUGGGAAAGUUCCCUGUCGAGACGGUCAACACCAUGAGGAGGAUUGUUGAGGAGGCCGAGCAUGCGCUCGUCUCCGAUCUCGUGGCGGCAUGA